AUGAGUUACUACAAUGGCUACUAUGGAGGCCUUGGCUAUGGCUAUGGAGGCUUUAGGGGCCUGGGCUAUGGUUAUGGCUGUGGACGUGGCAGUUUCCACAGACUGGGCUGUGGCUGUGGUUUGGGUGGCUAUGGAAACGGCUCUGGCUCUGGAGGCUAUGGGUAUGGCUACAGUUGUCCACUUUCCAAUGGAGGAUGUGGGUUCUCCACCUUCUAUUGA